AUGGAUUUCGUCAAAAAGGCCAUGAACAAGGGUUCCGGCGAGAACAAGGACCAGAACGCCCAGGGCGGCGCCGAGCAAAAGGACGACUAUGUCGACAAGGCGUUCGGCAUGGCGGCCAAGAAGUCAGGCCAUAGCAUCGACCGCAAUACCCAGGAGAAGAUUACCGACGGCGGCCGCACAGCCUAUGAAAAGGCUACUGGAAGCAAAGUCGACCCCAAGAUCUCCAACUAG